AUGUCCAACCCAGAAUCCGAAGUCUUCCUCACAGAGAUCCCCCCUCUCCCCGACACAGAAUUCUGCGUCUACGGCACAGUCUACGCCUACCCGGAACACGCAGACGCCCUAGAAGCAGUCUACGCCGAGACAACCCGUCUCGCGGAAUUCGAGCCCGGCGUGAUAUACUACUGUCUCACCCGGGACAGCGAGCAGCCACAUAUCUUCUACUUCUUCGAGCGGUAUACGGGAAAACAGGCCUUUGAAGAUCACAAUGCGCAGCCGAUUAUUCAGAAGUUGAUGGCUGAUAAGUAUAUUCGGGGCGUGAAGGCCAAUUUUGGGAAACAGAUUAAAUAG